GUGCACUGGAUUCUUCACUGACACUGAUGUUCAGGAACACGGGGAAAUGUUGGGCUGAGAAACACGAUGGAUUAUGAAAAUGAUGGAUAUUUUCUCAGGAAACAGGAUUCUCUGGACUUUGCUUUUCUUGCUGUGCUGUUUACUGUGUGCAGCUGGAGACGAGACGGUCACACUGCAGGAAGUGGAAGGAACCACUAUAACUCUCCAUACUGGGAUAACUGGAAUUCAGAGUGAUGCUCAGAUCCUGUGGUCCUAUGGACAUGAGAAAGCAGAGGAAAAGAUAUUGAACAGUCAGGUGUUUAAAGGAGAAGCUGUUACAGAAAUCAGUGAGAGAUUUAAAGAGCGACUGCAGCUGGACAGAAUCAGUGGAGCUUUAACCAUCAGGAACAUCAGCAGAAACCAUUCUGGAGUUUAUUUAUUACAGGUCAUCACUGGACGCAUCUCAUCUAGGACUUUCAGUGUCAGUGUUUAUGCUCCAGUAUCGACUCCAGUAAUAAUAAAAAGAGAAAGUCGAAGUGUGGUUUCCACAGAGCCGUGUUCCCCCCUGUGCACUGUGGAGAAUGGAGAAGAUGUGAAGUUAUCCUGGUACAGAGAGAACGAGAGAAUCUCCAUCACCAAUAACACAGAUCUCAGUGUUCCCCUCAAUCUCCCACUUCAAAUACAACACCAUGAUAAUAACACCAACACUUAUAUCUGUGUGUCUGCAAACCCUGUCAGUAAUAAAUCAUCUUCUCUCAACAUCACACAGCUCUGUGAUCAUCUACACCAUCAUCUCUCAGAACAAACUGAACGUUCCCACAUACUGCUUCCUGUCCUGAUACCUGCUGGAGUUGUAGUGCUAUUAAUAUUAGUAUUGCUGUAUAUCUGGAGAAAAAAGGAAAAGCAACAAGUUUCUGAAAGAACUGAAGACUUGAUGUAUUCUGAUGUGAAAAUCAUCACAGAAAGAUUUAACAAGGAAGAAAAACCCAGAACGACGCGUGGUGAAGAGAAUCAGACUGUGGUGUAUUCAGAGGGCGGCGUGAACCCCGUGACGAAGACGUGACGAGGACGUGAUGAGGACACUGGCGCUUUCCAGCUUAUUUACAUGCACGAAUCCAAACCCUUUACACACUGAACACAUAGACAUUAACGAUGGUGAAGCACAGAGUCCUACCUGUCUAGAACCUUCCAGCAGGUACAUGACUUCUCUUUCAGAAACCUGAGUGUAAAACCAGGAAGAUGAUUCAGCACAUCACACAGGAACAUGCUGGACAUCUAAUGGACUUGUUCCAGUUACAGAUAUUCUCACUGUAAAGAUGGAUUUCAGGUUUAAAAAGUUCCUCAUGUGUUUAUUUAUUUUGUGUUAAAACUAGAGCAGUGUGACAGACAGCCCUGAUCUCAGAACAGAUGAGGGAAGGUCACGGUCCUGCUGAUAUUUCCAUAAGUUUGCUUAGUGGAUCAGGUGAGGGAUAAAACUGCGUUCAGUAGAAAACAAUGGUGUAUUCACUUCUCCUUUCUCUCAUUUAACACAUUCAUCACUGAGGGAGUUUUAUAUCACUUACAGCUUUCAUAAUUAUCUUUAAUAUGAUAAAGUUUUACUUUCAGAAAGUUUUAUUUAUGACCUUUAUUUGGAAGAGCGAGUGUAGACCGGUGCAGUAGAUACACAUCACUACAACCAUUUAAAGAAAUGUCUUUUAAAAUUUCCCUCUUUUAUUGCCUUAAAGUCCAAAAAGAGUUCAGGCUUAAGUUUAAGAUUUUAUUUUUUUUAAGCAAACAAAAUGUUUACACUUUGCGGUUCUGCAGUAACAUGACAAGGUGUGUUUUUUGUCGUUAUAACUUUUUGUGGACAUUGCACAACAUUAAAUGUAAUUAUACACAUAAAAAAGCAUGAAAUGGUGGAAUAAGACACUUAGGGACGUGCUGAUGUUGGAAAUUAAUAAACUUCAUUGUGGUAUCAGUAA